AUGACCUGUCUUUCUAAUGAAUCACAGGUGGUCGUUAUCCAGGGGGGGCUCAGCAGCUUGGAGGAGGGGGAUACAGAGGCCCAGGAGGGGCCGGGGGUAGGGGAGGAUAUGGCAACGGAGGCCAGGGAGGCUAUGGUGCUGGUCUGGGAGCAGGAAAUGGCCAAGGAUUGGGGGCGGGAGCCGGACUGGGCUCACAGGGUGGGAAACCACGUGGAGGUGGAGGAUACGGUGGUAAUGGCUAUGGCACACAGCCAGGUUACGGGGCUGGAACUGGAGCCAGAGGCUAUCCACGACCAGGUGCUGGAGCUGGGUAUCCCAAUGGACAGGGAUCUAAGGGACCAAAACCGGGGUAUGGUGCAGGAGCUGGAGUGCCCAAUGGACAGGUUGCUAAACCCAAUGGGUAUGCUGCAGGAGCUGGAGGAGUUCCCACUGGACAGGGUGUUAAACCAUCCAAACAGGGAUAUGGUGCAGGAGCUGGAGUGCCCAAUGGACAGGGUGCUAAGCCCAAUGGAUAUGGUCCAGGAGCUGGAGUUCCCAGUGAUCAGGGAGCCAAAGGCAAUGGAUAUGGUCCAGGAGCUGGAGCUACCAACGGUGCUAAAAGCAAUGGAUAUGGUCCAGGAGCUGGAGUUCCCAGUGAUCAGGGAGCCAAAGGCAAUGGAUAUGGUCCAGGAGCGGGAGUUCCCAAUGGUCAGGGUGCUAAACCCAAUGGAUAUGGCCCAGGAGUUGGAGCACCCAACGGUGGUAAAAGAAAUGGAUAUGGUGCAGGAGCAGGAGGUCCCAAUGGUCAGGGUGCUAAACCCAAUGGAUAUGGCCCAGGAGCUGGAGCACCUAACGGGGCUAAAAGCAAUGGAUAUAGUCCAGGAGCUGGAGUUCCCAGUGGUGGUAAAAGCAAUGGAUAUGGUCCAGGAGCUGAAGUUCCCAGUGAUCAGGGAGCCAAAGGCAAUGGAUAUGGUCCAGGAGCUGAAGUUCCCAAUGGUGGGGCUAAAAACAAUGGCUACGGUGCUGGAGCAGGCAGCUAUCCUGGGGCAGGAAACAACGGCUAUGGAGCAGGUGCCAGUCUGGGACAGGGAGGAUACCCUCAGGGAGGAGCUGGUGGAUAUCCCCAGGGUGGAGCAGGAGGAUACCCUCAGGGUGGAGCAGGAGGAUACCCCCAGGGGGGAGCAGGAGGAUACCCCCAGGGGGGAGCAGGAGGAUACCCCCAGGGUGGAGCAGGAGGAUACCCCCAGGGGGGAGCAGGAGGAUACCCCCAGGGUGGAGCAGGAGGAUACCCCCAGGGGGGAGCAGGAGGAUACCCCCAGGGUGGAGCAGGAAAACCAGGCAAAGCUGGCGGUGGUGCUAAGCUGGGACAGGGAGGAUAUCCUCAGGGUGGAGCAGGGGGAUACCCCCAGGGUGGAGCAGGCAAAUCAGCGGGUUAUGGUGAUCAAAUGGGUGGAGCAUACCCCGGGGCUGGAGCGGGCAACGGCUAUGGGAAUGGUGGAGGCCCAGCUGGGGGGGCCAAUGCAGUGCCUGCAGGCUAUGGCAAUGGCUACGGUGCUAGUACUGGAGGCAAUGGUUAUGGAGCCGGGCUUGGCGCAGGAGGAUAUCCACAGGGACAGGAGAAAUAUGGGGGUGGAGUCAGUCAGCUUCCUUUCAAUGGAGCCCCAGUCAAUACUGCUGGACUGGAUGGUGAUGGAAGCUUCCCUUAUGGUGCUCAGCAACUGGGCCUUGGUGGUGGCGAUGGAGGCAAAUCCGCUGGCAAAUAUGGCAACGGUGGAUUGCCACAGGGUGCACAACAGGGUGCACAGCCUUAUGGACCUGCGACUGGUGGUGGGAAACCACCUUGCAAAAAUGGAAACGGAGGGGGCUAUGGAGCACAGCCAGCAGGCUAUGGUCAAGGACAGCUGGGUGCAGGUCAGAGUGCCCCCUACAGUAACGGAGCAGGAGGGAAGGAAAGCAAAUAUGGUGGUGGUGGACUGAAUGGAUUCUUUGGAAAUGGAGGGUACAAAGGUUAAGUCAAUCAGCUGAGGCCUUCUUGAAGUGAAUAUUUGUUCCGUUCCAUCAUGUGUUCAUUGUGAUGUUUGUUGUUUGGUCUGUUGUUACAUUUAGCUAUUCCAUUUUUGUUCUUAUUAUGUUUUUUUGUUCAUGGUCCUUGUCUUUUGUAUUGUUGUGUGUCUGUCCCCUCUCUUCCCCUACUGUUUUUGGAGAUUGUGUUGCCAGUGUGUUUGUGUUCAUAUCCAUUUCACACUAAAGGUCAGAAAGCAACCGUAUAAUGUAUGUCAGUCUCCUCAUUCUUUUAACCUUGGCAACAGUAUGGUAAAUUUACUGUACAUGUAAUGUGGGGGUUGAGUUUUAAGACUGAAGCUCUAUGAGUUUAAAUCAACACCAAAUAAAAUUCAAAGACCUGUUCCCAAAACCUGA